CUGCACACUGUCAGCACAUCAUUAAGAAAGCUGCUAAGAUGAGCUCAGCUACACGUUCAGGUGGCAGGGGUAACGUAUUUAAUAUCAUUCUGUUGGGAAACUCUGGGACUGGGAAGAGUGCAUCAGGAAACACCCUCCUGAAUGCUGGAAAGCAUCAGAGUACACCAGCUCAGCAUUUCUUUUCUUACCCAAGCUCUACACCGGUGACCACAAAGUGUGAGGAGAUAACGGUAAAGAUGUUUGGGAGACGGGUUAGAGUGGUCGACACCCCAGACUUCUUUUACGAAGACCAACCCGUAGAUGAGGAAGAAAUCAAGGCAUGUAAGCAGUACUGCAAGUCAGGGCAGCAUGUGAUAUUACUUGUGAUACAGCUGGGCCGGUUCACAGAUGGUGAGGCAGGAAUAUUAGAGAAGCUGGAGAACAAGUUUGGCAGGAUCAGCGACCGUACAAUCAUCCUGUUUACACACGGAGAAAAUCUGCAUUGUGAUGUGAAACAGUUUAUUGGUGAACGGAUUCAUCUCAAGCGCAUUGUGGAAGCUUGUGGCGAUCGUUACCAUGUAUUCAAGAACACCUCCAAGAACUCCAGACAGGUCAAGGAACUCAUCGAGACAUCUGAACACAUGUUUCCAGGUUUCAGAACAAAAAAAUCAUUCCCACUGUUCUGUUGCGGUUAACUUUGGCUAACACACACUGAAUGCCCAAAUGUUAGUUGUUUAUAGUCAGGAAAUGUUUCCAGCUUUCACACUAUAACCAUCAAUAAACAUCAUGUUGUCUGUGAACUUUGUGUUAGCUUUGGCUGAUUCACUCUCCAUGUCUGAAUAAUCUUAUUUAAAAACUAUCUACAAGUUUGUAAAGGGUGGCAAGUACAAAUAUAAUUGUUUGA